CGCGGCUGCCGCGUCACGUGGCGGCACCCGUCCACGUUUCGGAUUGUGGGUAAACAAGAGGAAGAAAAUAUUUGUGCCGCGCGUGUAUCGUCAUCGUGUUCACCGGGAACGCACACGCACGCGCGCGCGCGCGUGUCCCGCUCGCCCGCUUGCCUGUCACCACCAUUGUCAUCGUUGUCGCCGCAAUUCUUGCUUCUCUCGCCGAAACUAACGAAUCGAGGAUCAACGAGGACCGUGACACACGAGGAGGCGAGGUGAACCCGAACGACCGCGGAGACAGGAGCGAACUUAGAAGGAGAGCGACGCGUGGGCCCUAUUGGCACUGAAGUCGGCGCCGGCCAGCCCGUCGAAGAUGCAGUGGAAUCCAGAGUCGAGCGGGGCGCCGAUAGCGCGGCUCGAGGCCCGCGAGUUCGAGUACAUGGUUAGGCAACGACGCAUCACGAUCGGCCGCAACAGCAGCAAGGGUGAGGUCGACGUUAACAUGGGCCACUCCAGCUUUAUCUCGCGCCGGCACCUCGAGAUCUUCUACGAGCAUCCAUUUUUCUAUAUGGUUUGCAACGGCAAGAACGGCGUAUUCGUCGACGGGGUAUUUCAACGCAAAGGCGCCCCUGUCUAUCAACUGCCAAAGACAUGUACAUUCAGAUUUCCAAGUACAACGAUAAAGCUGAUGUUCCAGUCACUUGUUGACGAGCAGGAACAGAGUAACAUUCGCGUGCCCUCUCCGCCAAAGCAGCGGGCACCACUACCUCCUCUGCGGAUAAACAUACCGGACGCCGGAUAUAGCAGUCCUUUCCCGUCACCCACAGGAACGAUAAGCGCCGCUAAUUCGUGUCCGGCAAGUCCGCGUGCUGGUCAGGGUAGGAGAAACAUUUCGGCGGAUUUGCAAAUGGUUGCGGCGUAUGCCGCUUCCGUAGCAAACGAUUCGCAGAAUUCCACUUUGGAUAGGCACAGCUUGGAGAGGCAUGAAGGUGGACAGAGCUCCAGCAGGCAAAUAAGCCCAGAGCCUGGUGCUGAUGCUCGUUAUCGAGGUAACAGUUCAGGACCGAAUGGUACAGCACCACAUUACAGUCCACCAAAAGAUGACUCGAAACCACCGUACUCCUAUGCGCAACUGAUUGUCCAGGCAAUCGCCUCGGCGCACGAUAAACAGCUGACCUUAUCAGGCAUCUAUUCAUACAUCACCAAGCACUAUCCGUAUUAUAGAACUGCAGAUAAGGGUUGGCAGAAUUCUAUACGACAUAAUUUGUCGUUGAAUCGUUAUUUUAUCAAAGUGCCCAGGAGUCAAGAAGAGCCAGGGAAGGGUUCUUUCUGGAAGAUUGAUCCUCAAUCGGAGAAUAAACUUAUUGAGCAAGCGUUUAGACGGAGACGGCAACGUGGUGUACCAUGUUUCCGUGCGCCCUUUGGAACACUAUCGUCAAGAAGUGCUCCAGCAUCUCCAUCUCAUGUAGGAAUCAGUGGAUUAAUUACGCCUGAGUGUCUAAGCAGAGAGGCUUCCCCUGGACCCGAAUCUUAUCCGGACAGUUCGGUCCCAUCUCCGGCUGGACAACUCGCGACAAGUCAGUCAGCACCCGGUUCUCCCGGACAUCCGUAUACAUCGUCCCAGACAACUCAUAAGGGACGUCUGAUGCAAACAGUGGUAACAAAUGGUGUCAGUGGCGAUGCCACAGGAAGAGAAGAAAAAUAUUUGGUGCCUGGGAAUGCUGUAGAGGACCAUUCUUUAUCUCCAGCUGGCCAAUAUAGUCCAGCUCCUGUUAUUGUACAAACAACCUAUAAUUACAGUGGAAAUUUUAUUAGCCCUGAUGCUGGCAUUGGGGGGGUUAGCAAACGCACCCAUGAAGAAUCAGAUAGCUCGCCAGGUUCACCGGCCCCGCUUGCGAUCGUCGAGAGCCCCGAGCCUCCUGAACAUCAGCCAUCGCAAUCUAAACGUCAACGCAUUCACGAAAUGGAUGAUCAUUGAACUGAUAUAUCUAGCAUCCUGUUACGUAGAACAUUACAUUUACAUUAUUUGCCUGUCGUCGACCACAACACACACACACACACACACACACACACAACUGCAAACUUCAUUUUAUUUUAACCGCAUAACCUGCUUUAGACUGCACAUAAUCGAGAUCGAGCAUCAGUUCUAUGUUCUCGCGAGAAUUGCGAGAAACUGUUGUGUGUACGAGCCUGCAAAAGAAAAUCAACCACUGAGAGAAAGAACGAGCAGAAGACACUUUUCCUAUCCUAGACUUCAUGUUCUUAACAUGAUUUUCUCAACAACAGUCAAUGUACAUAAGAUAUAUAUAUACUUUAUUAAAUGCUUUCUCUUUAUGACUUGUUAACUUCGGCAGAAGAUAUAGUAUAUAUGUAUAUGGAGCUUAUUUGAUCGAAGGUCAUCCAAAAUAGUAACAGCAGCUGUUGCGCUGACACAUCAAAUUGCAAUAAUGUGAUGCGGUAACGUGUGCCAUUCAGCCGUUUAGCCGAUAUAUUAAAUAGACAAAGAAGAGAAGAGAAAACGAGAGUGUUAUCCAGUGUAAUCCAUUGAAUGGAGCGAAAAUGCGAUUUAUCCAUAGCUGAAUUCGCUGACCCGACAUCCAUUUCAUUCGCGCGAUUUCUGUUUUCGUAUUAUCGCUUGCACCAGCUUGGCGUCGUCAUCGCGACUAAUGAAGAUUAACGAUAGGCAAAGUGAUAAGAGAGCUGAAAAAUAAUAGAUUAUUAUAAUUAGCGCUCUUUUGAAGAUGCUCAAUCGAACAUUCUAUCUGAGGACAAAAAUAAGCAGAAUAUCAAUAUGACAAUGAGAAAGCUGAUAAAGAACGGGCGGAUAAUACCGACGAGCUUUUGUAACGUUAACGAUGUGGUCUCAGUUAGAGAUUGUUACCAGAGCCAGAGGAAACAAAAAAAAUAGAGCCUUAUAAUGUAUGUUUUACAUCGUAUAAUUAAUGUAAGGACGCGAUUUUAUGUUUAGUAGAAUCUAAUUCGAGCUGAUUAAGCGGCUAUAUACGGGAACAUAUUGUAUAAACAUAAUACUUCUCCUAUAGGGAGAACGUGCGCAUCUCGCUGAUCCGGCGGGGAAUAGGGGAAGACAGGGGAGAAGAGAAUAUCUCUUCCGACAAGGAUUUUUUUGAAUUUUUUUUUUCAUUCCGAGUUCUCGCCGCUCUUCGAAUAUGUUCAUUGUUUGCCGCAAUGAAAUGGUUCACCUAAUCUAAUCAUUUAUAAUAGUCUCAUUUUUAAUUAAUAUAAGAGAAGCUGUUUCAAAUUAAAAGAAAAAAAAAAUAGAUAAAGGUAAAACGAAAGCGAAAGAGUUUUGUAAAACAAGAGGAAAAAAUGAUAAUAAUGCGAUCAACGAUAAUGAUGCCAAACUCGAUUAUUGAUUCCUCCUGCGAUCGGUUUACUUUUCUCGUGCAAUCGUAGUUAAUCUUAAACUCGCCGAUUCCCCUAGAACAUCGGCGUUAGGCAAGAUAAAAAUAAACAUUAAACAAAAAAAAAACAGGAAAAAACGACACAUAGUAGCGUUAGAUUUACGGUGGAGCAAAAGGAGGGGCAGCAGGAUUGAACGUAGAUGCGUUAUAUGGAGAUCGGAAAAGAGCGUGGUGCAAUAAAGGGGCAAAA